GCAGCCCCGACCUCUUUCACGUUGAAACACAGUCUCGCACCCAGACGGAGAGACCAGGGACAAGAUCAGCCUGACAUCUGCUCAUCAAAGACUGACACUGCUAGAACAGCCGCAGCAUCUUCUCCAGUCCUCUUACACUAAGGAGCAGCACUCUUCUCUCCCAUCACCAUGACUGAGACUAAGGGGAAAUUCGACUUUGCCAUCGACCGGGGUGGUACCUUCACAGAUGUGUUUUCCAGGCUGCCCGACGGUCGCGAGAGAGUCCUCAAACUGUUGUCCAGGGACCCCAACAACUACAAGGACGCCCCCACCGAAGGGAUCCGCAGAGUCUUGGAGGAGGAAACGGGCCAGGCCUUUCCACGCGAGCAGCCCAUAGACACCUCUCUGAUCGGCUGGAUCAGAAUGGGCACGACAGUGGCCACCAAUGCUCUGCUGGAGAGAGAAGGCGAGAGGACAGCUCUUCUGGUCACAAAGGGCUUCAAGGACUUGCUGCACAUUGGCACACAGGCCAGGCCCAAACUGUUUGAUUUGGAGGUGGCAGUGCCUGAAGUGCUGUACGAGGAGGUGAUAGAGGUGGACGAACGAGUCGUCCUCAAGAGAGAUGACUGCCAGCUGCCCCGGAAAACUGCCAAACGUGUUGUAACAGGUAGUACAGGAGAUUCUCUCGAGGUCUGGAGGGAACUGAAUGUGGAGAAGGUGGAGAAAGAACUAAAAGAAGUUUUGUCUCGCGGUAUCACCAGUUUGGCCGUUCUUCUGCUGCACUCAUACACGUGGUCGGAUCAUGAGAAAGAGUUGGGCUCGCUGGCUCGUCGCCUGGGCUUCACCCAGGUGUCUCUCUCCAGCGAGGUCAUGCCGAUGGUGCGGGCCGUCCCUCGAGGCUACACCGUGUGUGCCGACGCCUACCUCACACCCAAAAUCCAUCAGUAUUUAAAAGGCUUCACCUCUGGCUUCAAAGGUGGCCUGAAGGAUGUGGAUGUCUUGUUCAUGCAGUCGGACGGAGGUCUGACUCCCAUGGAUCAGUUCUGUGGCUCCCGGGCCGUGCUGUCAGGCCCGGCCGGGGGAGUCGUGGGUUACGCCAUCACAUCCUACAGCCAGAUGGAGAAGAAGCCUGUGAUUGGCUUCGACAUGGGCGGAACCUCCACCGAUGUGAGCCGCUACGCGGGCCAGUACGAGCACGUGUUUGAGUCCACCACAGCUGGAGUCACCCUGCAAGCCCCUCAGCUGGACAUCAACACCGUGGCUGCGGGCGGAGGCUCUCGCCUCUUUUUCAGAUCAGGGAUGUUUGUAGUCGGUCCGGAGUCUGCGGGUGCACAUCCAGGACCAACCUGCUACAGAAAAGGUGGCCCUUUGACCGUGACCGAUGCUAACUUAGUCCUGGGUCGCCUCCUUCCUUCCUUCUUCCCAAAAAUCUUUGGGCCCUUAGAGAACGAGGCCUUGUGCUCUGAGGAGUCCAUGAAGCACUUCCAACACCUCACUGAAGAUAUCAACGUCUUCUUGUCUUCUAACAAAUCACAGGAGGGUGAAAAUGGGGCUGCAAGCUCCAAGAACAGCAUGCAGACAAAGAUGACUGUGGAGGAGGUUGCUAUGGGUUUCAUCCGGGUUGCAAAUGAGGCCAUGUGCCGACCAAUCAGAGCUCUGACACAGGCCAAGGGUCACGAUACGUCUCAGCAUGUGCUGGCCUGCUUCGGCGGUGCUGGUGGCCAGCACGCCUGCGCUAUCGCCCGAGCCCUGGGCAUGAAAACUGUCUUCAUACACAAGUACAGCGGCGUGCUGUCGGCCUACGGGCUGGCCCUGGCAGAUGUGGUGGAGGAGGUGCAGGAGCCGUGUUCGCUGCAGUACGAGCAGCAGUCUUACGGCGAGAUUGACCGCAGGGUGGAGCAGCUGUCCAAGCGCUGCCGCGACACGCUGGAAGCACGAGCCUUCACCAGCGAUCAGAUAACCACCGAGGUCUUCCUCCACCUGCGCUAUGAAGGCACCGACUGCGCUCUCAUGGUCACGGCUGCCGGUUACCCCAGCAACGCCCAGUCCUGCAGACAUGGAGAUUUCCGCAGUGCCUUCACCAAGCGCUAUCUGAAGGAGUUUGGAUUCAUCAUCCCAGACAGAACCAUCAUGGUGGACGACAUCAGAGUGAGGGGUUGUGCAAAAUCUGGUAUCAAGUCAGUGUAUAAGCCGAAGAAGGGCAGUAAAAAGACCAAACCUGUCAAAAUGACCAAGUGUUACUUUGAGAAUGGUUACCUGGACACCAGUGUGUAUUUGUGGGAGGACCUACCAUGUGGUGUGGGUAUCCCGGGACCAGCCAUCAUCAUUGACAAAAACAGCACCAUCCUGGUGGAGCCUUGCUGUGAGGCCCGUCUGACAGAGGGGGGCGACGUUUGCAUGGCUGUCAGCUCAGACCCUCACUGCAUCUUCGACACUGAGCUCAACACGGUGCAGCUCUCCAUCUUCUCCCACCGCUUUAUGAGCAUAGCCGAGCAGAUGGGCCGAGUCCUCCAAAGGACCUCCAUCUCUACCAACAUCAAGGAGCGCCUGGACUUCUCCUGUGCUGUGUUUGGACCUGAUGGAGGGCUGGUGUCCAAUGCGCCCCACAUACCUGUCCACCUGGGGGCCAUGCAAGAAACUGUCCAGUACCAGAUCAGAUCACUGGAGAACAAGCUGAAUGAAGGGGAUGUGAUUCUGAGUAACCACCCGUGUGCCGGCGGCAGCCAUCUCCCUGACCUCACGGUCAUCACUCCGGUGUACAGAAAAGGGGUGAAGGAUCCCGUGUUCUUUGUAGCCAGCAGGGGGCAUCACGCUGACAUCGGAGGCAUCACUCCAGGCUCCAUGCCUCCUCACUCCACCACCCUCCAGGAGGAGGGCGCCGUCUUUAUCUCCUUCAAGCUUGUCACGGGGGGAGUUUUCCAAGAGGAAGCCGUUACUGAAUCUCUCAUGGCUCCGGCCCAGUACCCAGGCUGCUCUGGGACUCGUAAUCUCCAUGACAACCUGUCAGACCUGCGGGCUCAGGUGGCGGCCAAUCAGAGAGGCAGCCAGCUGGUGGGAGAGCUGAUCGACAGCUACGGGCUCGCUGUGGUUCAGGCUUACAUGGGCUACAUUCAGAGUAACGCUGAGCUGGCAGUGAGGGACAUGCUGAGAGACUUUGCACGUCGCCGACGGGAGCAGACCGGCUCCUUGAAGGUGGAGUCGAAGGAUUUCAUGGAUGACGGGACACCGAUCAAACUGCGGGUUCAGAUUGAUGAAGAAGAGGGCAGUGCGGUGUUUGACUUCACAGGGACGGGAACAGAAGUGUGGGGGAACUGCAACGCUCCGCGGGCCAUCACCCUGUCUGCUCUCAUCUACUGCCUGCGCUGCAUGGUCGGACAGGACAUCCCCCUCAAUCAGGGUUGCCUUGCACCAAUUAAAGUCAUCAUCCCCCCCGGCUCCAUCCUCCUGCCAUCCCAGAAUGCAGCUGUGGUUGGAGGAAAUGUUCUCACAUCCCAGAGAGUCGUCGACGUCAUCUUUAAGGCGUUUGAAGUGUGCGCUGCAUCACAGGGCUGCAUGAACAACAUUUCGUUCGGUAGUGAAAAGGUUGGAUAUUACGAGACGGUCGCGGGAGGAGCAGGGGCGGGGCCGAGCUGGAGUGGGCGGAGUGGAGUACACAGCCACAUGACCAACACCCGCAUCACAGACCCAGAAAUUUUAGAAAAGAGGUAUCCAGUGAUUUUAAGGCAGUUUUCUCUUCGGCCUAACUCCGGAGGUGUCGGAAAGUACUGCGGUGGAGACGGUGUGGUUCGCAAACUUCUUUUCAGGAACAGUGUUGUUCUGUCUGUGCUGACAGAGAGGCGAGCCUCCCGCCCCUACGGCCUCCAGGGCGGUGAGGAUGCAGCAGCAGGAGUGAAUCUGCUCCACAAAACCGAUGGCCGAGUCCUCAACCUGGGAGCCAAAACUAGUGUCAACAUUCAGCCUGGAGACAUGUUCUGCCUCUACACCCCCGGAGGAGGAGGAUUCGGACGAGAAGAGGACGCAAGCCUUAAACCUCGGACCAAGCGAAGGUGCCUGGAUAAGACAUUCCCCGAGAGGGGGAGCGUCUUUGAAUACCGACAGACCCAAGAAGGAGUAUAACAAAAUAGAAUAAAAAAGCGCGAAGGAGAGGUGAUGGAGUGAGGCAUUUAUGAGCCACAUUAAUAGUCGGGCUCUUAUGUAGUAACGGUAAAAGUAAAUAAAUGCCUGCAACAGGUACAGCAUUAGACUGUGAGAAAUAAAGAAGUUGUUUACUGGAAGUUUAAAAGCACAUGUCACACCUACAUGAAGGCCUGCAACGUAUUUACAGAUUUCACUUGAACGCCACUGUUACAAAGUCUCGGUCAUAGCCUCCUGUAGUUUCUGUUACCACUGCCGUCUGAAAAAUGUGACUUCUUCAAAUGAACAUAUUAUGCAAAUUGCCCUUAUUAGCAAGAAAGUGACUUUAAAGCUAAAUAGUGUAGCAGUUAAAAAUGCCCAAACCGAACUAAAAUCAGUGCACAAAAGACUGCUACUUGGUUGGAUUUAGUAGUCAAUGUUUGUUGGAGUAUAGAAUAGAAUAGAAUAGAAUAGAAUAGAAUAGAAUAAGCUUUAUUGGCCAAGAUGAACAUGCCAGACAGGGAAUUUGUUUUCAGUUUUUUUCGCUCACUGAACCCAGAUUUAAAUAGUUACAAACAGUAAUAGACAAAUGGCUCUUAUUAACAAAUAUACAAUUUAAAAGUGAAAGGUGCAGCAGUAUUUUUAAUUGUCCUGCCCCAACAUGGUCUGCCUACAUGCAUACUUUUGUUUUUCAAAAAAUAAAUGCAAUAAAAAUAAAAACUGCCGCAGCCCUAUUAGAUAAAACAGUAUAUUUUUGCACAAUAUUAAUUCUGUUCUUAACACAAAGUCCUGUCAGACUGUGAUGAAACAUGACAAAGCCAGCUGUGUGAAGGGGGUACUGAUCUGUUUUUAACUGAAAAAUCACUUUUGUAAUCCUACUGCAUUGAGUUGUGGGUGUUUGUUCAAUUCUUUUAAUAAUACAAAUAAAUCCAACGUCUUCUGA